AUGAAGCCAUCGGGCGCCGGUUCCCCUAUUAUUCCCGGCUGGAGAGGAAAGGAUGGCAGAACAGCAUCCGCCACAACCUCAGCCUCAACCAGUGCUUCGUCCGCCUGCCCCGCCAGCCCGGGCACAAGGGCAGCCUGUGGGCGCUGGACCCCGCCUUCCAUGGUAUGUUCGAGCGGGGCAACUACCGGAGGAGGCGGCGGCUGA